GUGCUUGGGGCCGGUGCGGAGCUACCCGGCUGAGGGGCGCCUGGUCCGGGGUCCGCAGCGCCGCCGCGUCUCUCCCGGCGGCGGGCGGGCGGGAAGAUGCUGAGCAGGUUGAUGAGCGGCAGCAGCAGGAGCCUGGAGCGCGAGUACAGCUGCACCGUGCGGCUGCUGGACGACAGCGAGUACACCUGCACCAUCCAGAGAGAUGCCAAAGGCCAAUACCUGUUUGACCUUCUUUGCCACCACCUGAAUCUGCUUGAGAAAGACUACUUUGGGAUCCGCUUUGUGGACCCUGAUAAGCAGCGGCAUUGGUUGGAGUUUACAAAGUCUGUGGUGAAGCAGUUGAGAUCCCAGCCUCCAUUCACCAUGUGUUUCCGUGUGAAGUUUUACCCUGCAGACCCUGCUGCCCUGAAAGAAGAAAUAACCAGGUAUUUAGUCUUCCUGCAGAUCAAAAGGGAUCUGUACCACGGCCGCCUCCUCUGUAAAACAUCCGAUGCUGCCUUGUUAGCAGCUUAUAUCCUUCAAGCGGAGAUUGGGGAUUAUGACUCAGGAAAACACCCUGAAGGCUACAGCUCCAAGUUCCAGUUUUUCCCUAAACAUUCAGAGAAGCUGGAAAGGAAGAUUGCUGAGAUUCACAAAACAGAACUCAGUGGCCAAACACCAGCAACAUCAGAGCUGAACUUUUUAAGAAAAGCACAGACGUUGGAGACAUACGGAGUGGACCCUCACCCGUGUAAGGACGUGUCAGGAAAUGCUGCAUUUCUGGCCUUCACUCCUUUUGGGUUUGUUGUUCUGCAAGGAAACAAGAGGGUCCACUUCAUUAAAUGGAAUGAGGUGACCAAGCUGAAAUUUGAAGGAAAGACUUUUUAUUUGUACGUAAGUCAGAAAGAGGAAAAGAAAAUUAUUCUCACAUAUUUUGCUCCAACUCCAGAAGCCUGCAAGCACCUCUGGAAAUGUGGGAUAGAGAACCAAGCCUUCUACAAGCUGGAGAAGUCAAGCCAAGUCCGCACAGUGUCCAGCAGCAAUUUAUUCUUUAAAGGGAGCCGGUUCCGAUACAGUGGCCGAGUUGCAAAGGAAGUAAUGGAGUCCAGUGCCAAGAUCAAACGGGAGCCACCAGAAAUACACAGAGCAGGGAUGGUCCCCAGCCGCAGCUGUCCCUCCAUAACCCAUGGCCCAAGGCUGAGCAGCGUCCCCAGGACCCGGAGAAGAGCUGUUCACAUCUCCAUCAUGGAAGGCCUCGAGUCCCUACGGGACAGUGCCCACUCCACCCCGGUGCGUUCCUCCUCCCACGGGGACACUUUCCUGCCUCACGUGAGAAGCAGCCGGGCAGACAGCAAUGAGCGAGUCGCCGUGAUCGCGGACGAGGCCUACAGCCCUGCAGACAGUGUGCUGCCCACCCCUGUGGCCGAGCACAGCCUGGAGCUGAUGCUGCUUUCCCGGCAGAUCAAUGGGGCCACCUGCAGCAUUGAGGAGGAGAAGGAGUCUGAGGCCAGCACCCCAACUGCUGCAGAGAUGGAGGCCCUUGGGGGAGAGCUGAGGGCCCUGUGUCAGGGGCACGGCAGGCCAGAGGAGGAACAGGUGAAUAAGUUUGUUUUAAGUGUCCUCCGUUUGCUCCUUGUGACCAUGGGACUCCUCUUUGUUUUGCUCCUCCUCCUGAUCAUCCUUACUGAGUCUGACCUUGACAUUGCCUUUUUCCGCGAUAUCCGCCAGACCCCCGAGUUUGAACAAUUCCACUAUCAAUACUUUUGUCCCCUCAGGCGAUGGUUUGCCUGCAAAAUCCACUCAGUGGUGAGCCUGCUCACUGACACCUGAGAAGGCAGGAAUCCUCCCAAUAACUAGCCAGGUGGACCAAGGAGCCCGGCUACCCAUUCCCAGCAAUGGGACCCAUCGCGGAACCAUCGGCACAUGUACCAAGUCCUCCUCUCAUGACUCAAAGUCCACAGCCUAGGAGGGUCGUUUCCCAGAACAAGAAAGGGAUAGGCUCAUGCCUUGUCUAAACUAACUGGGAAAACUCAUUUCCUUCAGAGGUUCUUUCAAGAAAGGCUCGGCGACUCUGUUUCUCAUCCUCCCAAUUUGCAGGAUAAAACUUUUGGUUUUGAAUUUUGAUUUUUCAUAGAUGAUGUGUAUUAUUUUGAAAAUAUCAAAAAUAAUUUAUUUUAUUAUUACUGAUUCUCGCAGUAGUGUCACCUAGUAGAUGGGACACUAGUUGGAGACUAGAGAG